AAAUUCGCCAUCGCAAUAUUGGCUCUAAUUGGCUGCGUGGCUGCCGAUGUUUCCCAACUCUCCAAUUCUUACUUGCCACCAGAACAACCGCAGCCACAUUAUCUUCCCCCUGCACCGCAGCCACAUUAUUUACCUCCGCAACCGCAACCACACUACUUACCACCCGCACCGGAACCACAAUACCUACCGCCUGUGCAGCCACAGCCUAGAUAUCUGCCACCCACACCGGAGCCACAAUACCUGCCUCCUGUCCAACCAGAACCACAAUAUCUGCCUCCAGCACCACAACCGCAAUACUUGCCACCUGCCGCUGAGUACUUGCAACCUAUUGAGACUCCUGUAUCCCAGGAUGGCUACCACUACAAAACUGUAAAGAAAUACCGUUUAAGAAGCCAUUAA